AUGGCUAUGUACCCUCAAGAUUCUCUCGUAACCUGGAUUAAGAGCCCCGCAGAAUCCUCGCAGUGCGGAUUCUUUCUUGCCUUUGCAGUGACUGCUUUGUUUUUCGCCUGCUGGGGAAAGCAAGUGAGGCACGACAUUCUCGUGCUAUAUACGCGAGUAACGUCAUCUUUGGCAAGCAUUCUGGUGAAAAGAAAGCAUCAACAGAAGGAAAUAAUGACCAUGUCGAAAAUCAACAAAAUUUUAGAAAUGGCGUAUUCCCAUCUCCUGAAGCACGUCUUCAAUUCCGAACAGCCUUUUGAAAAUGUAAUUCGUAGAACCUGUGGCAAGGAGAUAUCGCUCGAAGCUCAGAGUUCGGAGAAAUGUCCCUUCCUACAAUUGCAGUAUUUACGACCUGGCCCUUCAGUUGCGCAGAAACUUCUUUUUUUGGGGCUCGGCGACAUUUUGAACCCUGUCGGAGAUGAUGUAACCCGUCUGAGCCACAUCUGUUUCUGUUUACUGCACCAGCAUUAA